AUGAGCUCGCCCGGCUCUUCGACCCACGCAUGGAAGGGCCGGAUUUUGAGCCAGAGCUGGGUUACUGCGGAAGACCCCGUCUCAGACUGCUGCUGGAUGCAGAGGACAUCUGCCACUCCUAUGCGAAGGCUCGGUACAUGCAGACAGGCAAGUGGACAGGCCCCCUCUCCGAUGGCAUCGCGAAGGCGCUGGACUACGGCGCAUGGGGCGGCGGCGACGUCGAGGAAGUGGAUCCA